CUCGCGCUGCUCGCGCUCGCGAUGAGCGCUCUCGGCGUCCAGCCCGCGAGCGCGAUCGAGGCCAAGUGCAGCGCGUGCGAGGCGGUCGCGAACGAACUCCAAGCGGCGCUCGAGCGCGAGCGGCCGCGGAAUCACCUCGACAUGCGCGGCAGGAUCGACAGCAAGGGCGUGCGAUACGGCAAGCUCAUCGACUACAAGAUCUCCGAGCUUCGAUUCGUGGAGUUACUCGAGGAUCUCUGCACGGACGUCGGGAACAACUUCCAGAUCUUCGACGCGGACGCGCCGAAGAAGCGAUGGCGCACCUUCGCGAAAAAGCUGAAGAUCAAGGGCGCGCGCGCCAAGGCGAUGCGCGCGGAGAUCUCCGGGUACUGCCACAGGCUCGUGGAGGAACAAGAGGAAGCGCUGCAGGCGAAGCUGUACGCGAACGAGCUCAACGCGACGAACGUGGACGAGAUCUUGUGCGUCGAGCUGUCGAAGGAGUGC